UAAUUCAUAUGAAACCUGUGUCUCACGGAUCUGGCCUUGAAGAUAAAAAUCCCAGUGUCCACCAGGGGGCGCGCUUGCAGUGCUGUAGACAAGGAACACUACAUGGGAUCAAAGCAGAAGAAGAAGCUGUAGGUCGUUUGUUUCCUGUUUUGUUUUUUCUGAAUACAAUUUUCAGGAUGGCACAGUGGGGGGUCGUUUUCUCCGUAAUUGCUGCUCUUGGAGGAGCGGCGCUCUUAGCAUCUGUCCACAAGAUUGAAGAAGGACACACUGGCGUGUACUACAGGGGAGGGGCUCUGUUGACGGCCACCAGUGGUCCUGGUUUCCAUCUGAUGCUGCCGUUCAUCACCACCUACAAGUCUGUCCAGACGACGAUACAGACGGAUGAGGUGAAAAAUGUACCGUGUGGAACAAGUGGGGGGGUGAUGAUUUACUUUGACCGGAUAGAAGUGGUGAACUUCCUCGUUCCAUCUGCAGUGUACGAUAUAGUGAGGAACUUCACUGCAGACUAUGACAAAGCUUUGAUUUUUAAUAAAGUGCACCACGAGCUCAACCAGUUCUGCAGCGUUCACUCCCUGCAGGAGGUCUACAUCGGCCUAUUCGACCAGAUUGAUGAAAACCUAAAGCUGACUCUACAAGAGGAUCUAACCUCCAUGGCACCAGGACUCAUCAUACAGGCGGUGCGUGUCACCAAACCCAACAUCCCAGAGAGCAUCCGCAGGAACUAUGAGCUAAUGGAGAGUGAGAAGACCAAGCUGCUGAUCUCCCAGCAGACUCAAAAGGUUGUGGAGAAGGAGGCGGAGACAGAGAGGAUCAAAGCCAUUAUUGAGGCUGAGAAAAUGGCACAGGUCGCAGAAAUCAAGUUUGCACAGCAAAUCAUGGAGAAGGAAACGGAAAAGAAGAUCUCCGAGAUUGACGACCAAGCUUUCCUGGCGCGACAGAGGGCCAAGGCAGACGCAGAGUUCUACACAGCAGAGAGAGCCGCAGAGGCCAAUAAGCUGAAGUUAACCCCGGAGUACCUGCAGCUGAUGAAGUACAAGGCCAUCGCAGCCAACAGCAAGAUCUACUUUGGGAAUGAAAUACCUCAGAUGUUUGUGGACUCUGGUUCUGCAGGGAGCUCCAUCAAGGCCACGGCUGCCUUGGACAUCAUCAGUGAGCAGAUUCUGGACCUGGAUUAAUCAGGAAAGAAGGGGGGGCCAGAGGAGAACUUUUUUUGAAAUCAGACAUUCAAGCUAGCUGGUUUGGACAGUAGCUGUCUGUCCACUUAAGUUCUGCUAUCCAGAACCUGUUUGUCUGAAAAGGACGCACAACCUUCACAGGACCAAACCUCGGUUUUUAGUCUGCCUUUCAGGAUUGUUAUGAACUGAACUUAAGAAAAAAAUUGCAGCACUUGUAUUUGUGCAAUAAAUGUUCACACAGACUUCAGAUGUAUAAUUUUGGAGGACUUGGCUCCUAAACAUCCAGCUGAAUCAACCAUAGAACCAAAGAUGACACAUUUCAGGGCAGUUUUUGCUCUGGGUUAAGCUUUUUGUUGCAUGAGAAUGUCAAAACAUGUCAAUCUUUGCAGUAACUGGUAAACUUGAUCAACCAUUUUGGGUCCUAAGAAACCUUUUGUUCCAACACCAUUAACAUUUUUCCACAAAAAUCGUUCUAAUUGACUCGGUGACCAUAAUGACAUCAAAUGAAGUGCAUUCCACUGGGGUGGCUUUCAAAAGCAGAAAAUGUUGGUUAGAUUUACCAGAGCUAUGUAGCUUUGUUUCAUGUUAGUUUUCUGCUGUUUCUUGGAUGUGAAGUGGUGUCCGUUCUGUGCAUUGGUGAAAACACUCCCAUUCAUUUACAGUUUUUAGUGCCCCAGCUCAUCUUGUCUUCACGCAGAAAUCUACAGCAGACGGAGUGAAGAUCUGAGCAGAUAAGGCUGAGUUACAACGUUCACCUAAUAAUUCCAAAA